AUGAGUGGCGAUCUUCAUAACGAUCUUCAUCAGAUAGAAUUAACGGCACAUGCUUUACUAAGCGGGUCGCUAGACAAUCUCAAUGAGAAUUUUGAACUGUUGAAUCAAUCACAACUCAUUUUAUUAACAAGAUUGAAAAUUAUAGAGGAGAGAUUAAGUAAUUUCAAAUCCAUAAUAAAUGAUAAUACCAUCAAUGAAAAGGAAUUGGAAGAACAAUUUAACAAAAUUAAGCAACUACGGAAACGAUUGGAUAGAUGUUUGAAAAUGACUGAAAGUAUAGAGAUGAGAGUCGACAAGCUAGAGGAUCAAGUAUAA